AUGUCCCGUCGAAACCUCAACCACGCCGUGAGCUCGGAGACUAGCGGUGGAGGAGAAGGGAGUCAAGAAAAGCAGAAAAGGCUUCUGCAGGCUGAAGCGGGGCAUUUCAGCAUGGUCAGGACGCUCCAUCUUGCGGAUCUUAUUACGGAGCUGAAUGGCUUCUGCGGAUUUAUGUCGGUUCUGUCGUCAAUGCGAUACCUGUCGGACCCUGAGAGCACCAAUUCUAUAUGGUUAGCGCUUGGGUUCAUGCCUUUCGGACUUUUCUUCGACUUUAUGGAUGGGCGAGUUGCGAGAUGGCGCAAGAAGUCGUCUCUAAUGGGUCAAGAGCUGGACUCUCUGGCAGACUUGAUUUCCUUCGGCGUCGCACCAGCGUCGGCAGCUUUUGCGAUCGGCAUUCGCACUGCAGCAGACCACAUCUUCCUCAGCUUCUUCGUGCUUUGUGGGCUAACGAGAUUGGCACGCUUUAACGUUACCGCUGCUGUUCUUCCGAAGGACAAGACAGGAAAAUCGAAAUACUUCGAAGGCACCCCGAUACCUACCUCCCUGUUGAUUGCGAGUCUCAUGGCUUACUGGGUGUCUCAGGGUUGGAUUCAUGAAAAUUUGCCGUGGGGAACGGUUGCCCAAGACACCAUUUUUGAAUUUCAUCCUGCAGUACUGUUGUUUGUUCUCUGGGGCUGUCUUAUGGUUAGCAAGACGUUGCAUAUACCCAAGCCUUGA